GUGACGUUAUGCGAGAAGGAAUAUGGCGCUUCGGCGGGGAUGAGUUUCAUUCUAGUCCGGUUUGAUUUAUUCCGCCCAGUUAGUGUUUUCUUGAGUAACGCCAAGCGGCACUUACCAAAUAUGACUCGGCAACGAGCUUGUUAGCACCUUUUGUCCGAAUGGACACCGGUAACGGGCGUUUUGUAGCCGCGUUUGUGCUUGCUAGCUAGGACUGUUCCAAUUGGCAUGCUAGCCGAAGCUAAGUGGCUAAAGAGCGACAGAAUGCUUGUGUGGGCCACCGCCAUCAACGUUCCAUCGUUAACUAAUGACUGAAAAACGACUUCUCCGUUGCUGACGACGACAAUUGCGACCAUCGAGCAGCUUGUUUUGGAGCUAAGCGUGGAGGAUGAGGAGCUGUCAUGGAUAUGUUUUGCUGCUGCUCUACGCGAUCUUGCUGUGGGCAUGCUGGUCGGUUCAAGGUGCUCCUCUUCAGUCCCACCACAGCGCAGAUGAGGUCCCGGGCCACCCAUCCUAUGUGUCUGUCUCCUUGGCGCUGGCGGCCCUGGUGGCCCUACUGGUGCUGCUGGGGAACUGUGUGACCUGCUGCAAGGAAAGGGAGAUCGACUUCAAGGAAUUUGAAGACCACUUUGACCACGAGAUUGACUUCACACCGCCGGCCGAGGACACGCCGUCUAUGCGCUCGUCGGCCGAGGUGUAUACGUUGGCCGUCUCCCCCGUGGCCUUGCCUGGACCCUUGCAUCUCCAACCGCCUGCACCGAGCGCAGAGGGCUCGGCAGGCUCGCAGAUCGCCCGCCAUAGUCUGAGUUACAUUCAGGAGAUCGGCAACGGAUGGUUUGGCCAGGCGAUCCUGAGCGAAAUCUUCACUGACGCCGGCGGCACCAGAGUCAUUGUCAAGGAGUUGAAAGCCAACGCAAAUGCCAACGAGCAGAAUGACUUCCUGCAGCAGGGCGACCCUUACAGAGUCUUGCAGCACCCAAACAUCCUUCAGUGCCUUGGCCAGUGUGUGGAAGCCAUUCCUUUCCUGCUUGUUUUCGAGUACUGUCAAAUGGGGGACUUGCGAGGCUACCUGUCUCAGCGGGACUGGACGUUCAGAAGCGCAGAGAUGCUGCAGCUGCAAAGGAUGGCCUGCGAAAUCGCUGCCGGCCUCACUCACCUUCACAAAUACAACUUUGUGCACAGUGACUUAGCUCUGAGGAACUGCUACCUGACAGCGGAUCUUACGGUCAAAGUCGGAGACUACGGAAUCGGGCCCUAUGCAUAUAAAGAGGAUUACAUCAUCACAGAGGACGAUGUAUUCGCGCCCCUUCGCUGGUUGGCUCCCGAAUUGGUCGGCGAGCGCCAUGGGGGUGUGAUCACUCUGGAGCAUACCAAAUCCGGCAAUGUUUGGUCCUUGGGGGUGACUCUGUGGGAGCUUUUUGAGAAUGCCGCUCAACCGUAUCCUCAUCUGUCUGACCGGGAGGUUCUCAAUCACGUGAUCAAGGAGCAACAAGUCAAACUCUUCAAGCCGCAACUGGAGCUUCCUUAUUCGGACAGAUGGUACGAGGUUUUGCAGUUCUGCUGGCUCUCCCCCGACAAGCGCGCCACAGCCGAGGAAGUCCACCGUUUGCUCAUCUACCUGCGCAUGCAAGGCCAAAGAGACAUCGAAGAAGACUUUGAGCAGCGCUGGGACGCUCUCAAGCCGAGUGUCUCGAUGCGACAGACGACCAUCGGCCCCUCCUCCUUCCCCAUCCUGGAGCAAUUUGCCGACGAUGGCCUGCAGCAGGACAUGGAUGAGGUGCUGACCGUCACCGAAACCAGCAAAGGUCUGAGUUUCGAAUACGUUUGGGAGGCGGCCAAGCAGGACCACUAUGACGGGGGCCACGCGCACCGGAGCUCGGAUGCGACGGUCAACUACCACAGCAUGUUCUUUCCCGUUUCCACGGAAGACAUCCAGGCUCACUUCCCGAAUCCCGUCGCCAGAUCGGCAACCGCCGGUGGUGGGAAUGCUCCGUCCGGAAUGCCUGGAAUGUUGCCUGUGUUCCACGCCCAGAAGCCAGCUAAUGGGGCAGCUGGCUGUUACGUACAACUUGAGGGACAAGACGGCGCUCAAAGAACAGGCUUGGAUUCCGGCCGGCAAGACUUUGUGGUUCUUCAAGAUGUUCGCUUGGAUGAAUCGAGCACGGAGGGCGACUUCUUCCAUCACAGUAUCGACUCCAAGGAUUCGUAUUUACCAGACAGUCACAUCUGGUCAUCUCUGGAAAAUGACAGUCCAUGCCACACCAACAUUUUCACAGAGGGAGAGUCCACGCAGGAGGACUCUGUAUCUUGGAGACGUGAUUUUAUGGAGCUUCCCGAUCGCAGCGGAAACCCUUUUUGUGCAAAUACUCCUUUGCAUGGACAAGAGGGGAAUGCACGGGAUUCUUUUUUGGACGAUUGUUCCGAAGCCGCUCGCCAGACUCUGGAGGAAGCCAACGCUGAGAGAAUGAGGCUGGUCAACAGUGACAAACUAGCAGAGAACUUCAGAUUUCUUAAAGAGCAGAACCUUUUGAAAGAAGACACAAUGUUUCGACACAAUCCACAGCAAAAUCUUCUCACACCUGGCGUUGUCCAUGAACCUGAAGAAAACUUCAAAAUGGCUUCCUGGGACAACCUGGACCCUUCCGGCAUCUUAAAGACAACAGAUUUUGAUUCAAGACUCGUAUGGAGUAGCGCAUCCCCAAGUCAGGAACUUUUUGACUCGUCGCACACCAACUUCGGGGAACAUAAUCCUUUUCGGCGACAAAAUGAAACACUGGUGCCUUCCAUUGCUGUUUUCUCCGAAGACGAAAUAAGCAACCGGCUGCCAGACAGCAACCGUUCUUCUACUGAGGACCUCACUCUGCUCCAACCGUCAGACGGAGGCCAAGACUCUGAUUUCCAUUCUACCUCGGACAGGUUGGACAUCCUCCUGAGUCAGAGUGACGAUCAGAUUCCCGUCUUCUCUCAAAGUGCCACAACAGAGGUGUCCUGCACCGCUGCCAAUCUCUCCAGCCUUGAGCUUGACAUCAAAAUCUCAAAGAGCAGUGCUCAAGAAGUCGUAGAAAGGCAAAUUUCCGAGAAAGCGCCUAUCGGACCCUCGGCUUCCGACAGCGGACACGUUGACGAUCUGACGAGUGCCGAUCUGUUGAGUGAACUCAAUGACGAUGCAGAUUUGGAAAUGGAAACAAAUCUGUUCGACCACGACGAAUUCGUUCUGGAUGCCAACGGCCAACCUCUUGAGAGAUCCUCUCUAUUGGUCUCCGGGCCUUCGUUGGAUCAGCUCAGCCAGGACAGCUUGUUGGAGGACAGCACGUCCACCACUCUCCCCACCGCAGAGCACUCGGCCGAAACGCCCGACUCUUUGGACUCGCUGGAUAUUCACCGGCUCGGAGACCAGCACAAGUUGCAGCCGCCGUACAAGAUAGCUGACAGUGGCUAUGAGACGGAGAACCUGGAGUCUCCCGAGUGGAACUCUCAGCCCAAUGACAAAGACCUCUCGCCUGGGUGCGAAGCUCAAAAGGAAAACCAUCCCGAAGAAUCGAGAGCUCCAACCAAUCUGGUUCCUCCGGAAAUUGUCAUCUCUGAACCUGAGGCCUCGCCAGACCCUCUUGCCGGGGAUUGCCUUGACAUCGUUCCUCUCGAAGAAGCGCCAAUCUGCGGUAAUUACAGAGACUCCGCCUACUUCUCAGACAAUGAAUCCGAGCCGGAGAAGAAAUCUGAAGAAACAAAAGUGGAAGGUACUUUUGAAGUCACGUCAUUGCAGAACUCGACAGACCUUCCAGUCCCAGUACGGGAAAGUACUGUGGAGACUUUAAUACCAGAGAAAGAAGGUGCCGCUGCCCCAGAAGCUCAAGGCGAUGUCAGAAGAGAACCAGAUCGAGCUCCAGAGAUGCAUUUAGGCUCAAAAAGGAAAGAAACAGAACCUCAAUCCUGGCCCAAUCACGACGGAGACAGAGCGGACUUUUUCAGCGACCUUCCCGAGUCUCUCGAGCCGAAGCACUCCUCCCUCAUGAGUCCGCUCCCUUCAGGGGAGGACACCAUUCAUGCUAAGCUGACUAGGACCUACGCUGGAGAGGCCCACAAGAUGAAAGAGCCCGAAGUGGAGGGCCGCUACCUGGCCCGACUGGACGGCCCGGAGGACGACAUGGACGCUGACGAGGAGAACGAAAACAGCGACGACUCAGACGAGGACGUUCACGCCUACCAGCUGCGCAGCUCCAGCUCGGACAGCGAGGACGAAGGCACACGCGUGGCGCCGCUCAUCAUCUCGGAUGACAGUGGCGCCAAGAACCUGAGGAGCUUGUUGAAGCCGGCGACCUUCAACACCGGCGCUCCGUCGACGACCACCAGGAGAGCCGUGUCCUUCUUUGACGAUGUCACCGUCUACCUCUUUGACCAGGACACCCCAACCAAGGAGCUGGGCGAUCACUCAGCGGGCUCCAAUUUGCACUCGCCGCAGUUUAGUGACCCGGCGCCAAGCACCGGCUACCUGAACCGCUUCACCAACUCUGAGAGCUCCACGGACGAAGAAGGUGGCGGCUUCGAGUGGGACGACGACUUCCCGGCGGCGCCCGCCUUCCCCUCCAAGACACACAAAGACGCGGCGCCGGCAAAGAGCUUGGCGGUAGCGGCAACCCGCAUCUCAUCCCCGGCCGUUGCCAGCUGGGGAAACUCCUCCAACUACUCGCGCUUCUCCAUCUCGCCGGCCAGCAUCGCCAGCUUCUCCCUGACGCACCUCACCGAUUCUGACAUCGAACAAGGAGGAAGCAGUGAGGAUGGCGAAAAAGACUAGCCUUCGAGUUCAAGGCACUCCACUAGUUGUCAUCACACUAACAACCACUUGCACUUUUUUUGCGGGGCCUGGAGAACGCAGCGGAGGGGUCAAGACAAGAACCCACCCGGUCGAUGAGCAAGCCCUCCACGGAUGUGCAAAUCCGCUUGGGGGGGGGGGGACGAACGGGCCGAAGCAGGGACGUCAUGGCAGGUGCUCCUAAUGAGCGUCUGGUGGCUUCCUGCUUUCUUUCACAACUCCACUGCCCCCCCGCCACCCCUUCCAAAAACUGUACAAGAAUAAAAUUGGGGGGAUAAAAUGUGGCACAAGAGCCAAAUAGGAAUCUUCUCUUGGAAUCCACCUGUACCUGGUUCUUUCAAGUGUUGUUCUUCCAUGGUCACUGCCAUCGGUCAUUCUCCAUUUGUGAUCUUGCUUUUGGUGCUUUUGCAUUCAUGUUCACAAGUCACCACAUCCCUUUGCAGGAGAAUAUGUGUAUGUUUCAAGGCCACAUAGAAGCAACCAGUGUUAGGGUUAAGGUGGAUAUCGAGAACACGGAUGAAGGCUCAAGCGGCUUUAAAGAAAAGGAUGCACUUUGUCCUCACUAGCAAGACAGCUUUGGCACAGCAGUAGGAUGCUCCGAGCCGGGCCAAACUGCACAAUGUAUUUGCUAUCCUUCACCUCAAGCGCGCCUACACGCUACGGUGCACUCGUAGGACCAUUUGAGCCGUCGCUUAACACUAAGUAUAUAUUUUUUUUAGAUAAUACCCUUUGCAAUUGCUGACGUCGACUCACUUGUGACAAACACUAAAGUUUUGUAAUUGAGGAAAAUAAAGAAGACCGCUCACGUCGGUUCGCAGCGCUACCAAAUUUGAUUUUUAAACGAGCCAAUGCAGAUGUUUGUAAAAAAAAAAAAAAAAAAUAGAAAAGGAAAAAAUAAUGCGAACAAAAAACAACGUGCAAUGACUUUCUACUGACUGGUGUGAAAUGGGUGAGCUCAAUUGAGGGGGAAGGAGCAGAACCGCAAUCGACACGACACUCGGCUCUUCCUUGCCUUUAUUUUUCGGACAUUUGAUUUCCUUUUUAUUGUGAUUCCAUAGAGAUUAUUUUAUUACUGCUUUGCCUUGAUUUGUCUCUUAGUUGUUAUUCCUUUUGUUGUUUUGUUUGAUUUUGUCUUUCGCCAUUCAAAUUUGUGUUUAUUAUUUAUGGUCGUACCCAAAGAACCUCAGAUGGGAGUUUUGCGUAGCUGACACCACUCCCCUCGUCCGCAUCCCCUGACCUUUUUAUUUUUAAAGUUGCGGUUCGUGCACCUCCUCAUCCAAACUUGAAGGUUUAUUUAAGGACUUUGAGUGGACAAGCGUUGUCGACGACGUUUGCUUCAACUUGCACAUUUGACACAAAAUGUAACUGACAAAAAAACAAAAAAAAAACUGUACUGAUGUAUAUAAAUGUUGAUCAUUGCGGGGACGAGGUUUGGUUGUGUGAACAUAUCUUAGUCGCAGUCCAAGCCAAUCAAGAUGAUGGAGAUGGAAUCAUGCUUUUGUUUAGACGUGUCCAUUUUAAAAGUGGUGAUAUUUUUACCUCACAUUGAUCAUGUGUUAAUGUCAUUGAAUGAGAUGUUUGUAAUUACACUGUUUAAUAUGAAAAUAAAUGCAAAUGAACU